UGUCGAAAGCCAUAUUUAUUACUCUUUUUAUUCAAACCAAGAGCUCAACUGGAGCGAUCUAUGGGCAUCUUGCAGUUUACCAACACGACAAUGGCCGAAAUGUCCGUACAUGAUAUUUUUUAUUGGCUCGUACAUCUCUACCUGCCAUGUCUUUGGUUUUAAAAAUGGCGUAUACAAGCUUUUUGUUUGCCGGUUUACGCUGCUGAAUGAAUACUUUUCAAGAUCUUGUGUGUAUUCGGAGGACACGUAAACGACGUGAAUAUGAAAAUAGAGUACAAUGUAUAUGACAGCGUCGCAAAAUAAUAGAUAAUGGAGACUUCAGAAGAGGAUGCGGGCGCCUCGGCAAACGCUUCCCGCCGCGUAUCGGCGCGGGAAAAGGACGUCGGACGGAUUGAGGACGUCGAUGCAACCAAUAUCGCUCACCAGGAGCCAUCUGAGCCUCGAGCAUCUAACGAAACUAACGCCAUGUCGGAGGAUAAUUUCGAUGGCGAUAGCGUUCCUUCGCCCUCAACGCAAGACGUCAACACCAGCACGGAGGCGAUCUUGGAUAUGAUCGACGAAAUUGUCGACGGUCCGGGAGCGCCUAAGAGGUUGAGCGAGUCGCCAGAACAGAGGAGCGAUGCCAAGACCGACCCCAAAAAUCCACCUGUCACCGACGUACCGACCGAAAGUGAUGAACCAAUUUGUUCCACAAGUGUCUCCGUCUUGUCGAGUGAAACGAACGCAAGUGAACCCCAGAGUGAAAUAACGGAAAACGUUAGUAAUUCACAAGCUACAUCAUCUGAGCUCGAAACAAGUGUAUCAACGGAGACAACUGACAACACUGAACCUGUGCAAUCGUGUUCAAAAGAAAUUUCUGUUAGUUCUGUAACAGAUUCCCCGUCUAGUAGUGAAGUUACGAGUGAAAAAGACUGUGGACCUAGUGAAAGGACAGUACAGAGUGCGGCAUUAUGUGAUAAAAAUGACAAAAUAAAUAUAGAAAGUGCUGUAUCAACCUCUAGUGACAAUAAUCAUGACUCCAGAGACUCUAGUGUUAGUGUUUCGACACGGUCGCCUUUGAGGCGCAGACUCGUCCGUCCUGUGCCCAGCCGACCAGACUCAACUGUGACCUCGUCCUCAUCGGUAGACUCAAGUGUAAAUAGUGAAGUGACGCAGAGUGAGUGUGCCGUCAAGGAUGUGUCCAGUUCUUCUGAUGUUGUGACCACUUUAAAUGAAAGUAAGCCCGAAGAGAUUAGAAAUAUUAGUGAAGUAAGUCCCUGCAGAGCAGAAACUUCAAUGGGUUCGCCCAAAAAAAUUAGGCUUAUUAGACAGAAACUACCCCAAACAAAUGUUGAUAAUGUAGAUGUUAAGAAAGAAAGAAAUAUUGAUGAAUGCCAUUUGCUUUCUACAAAUUCUCAGUGUCAAGGCUCACAAGCUACUAAACCACAGAGCAGCUCUUUGCCAGAAGAAACUGUUCACUCGAAUGUUGAAUUACCCUCAAAAGACUUAAGUGUCGAGGCAAUAAAUAUAAAACAAGAUACAUUAGAGGUCAAAGCUCAAGAAAAUACUCAGGAAAGUAUAGAAGGCUGUAAAGAAAGUCACAAUGAGGCCUCUUCUAUAGAAAAAACUGCGGAUGAGCCUAAGAAGGUGCCGCCCAUUAAAUUAAAUUUACCUGUAAAAGAAUCACCACCAAACACCAGCAAUUUGACUAGUGGAAAUGAAAUAAGUACACCUUGCAAUGACUCAGACAAUCAGAAACAAGUUCCCAAAUUAACUAUAAAAAUUGGUUCAAAACCAUCUGAAGAAAUGAAAUCGCCAAUACCUAAAUUAACUAUAAAAACUUUGAGGCCACCAGAAUCCGAAUGUAAAAAUGACAGUAUUAUUGAGCAAAUCUCUGUUGAAAAGUCCCAAGAAAUAAAGUCACCAAUACCUAAAUUGACCAUAAAAACUUUGAGGACGUCUGAAUCAGAAUCCAAAAAUGAAAAUGUUACUGAACAAAUAAUAGUUGAGAAGUCAGAAGAAAUGAAAUCACCUAUACCUAAAUUGACUAUAAAAACCCUGAGACUGCCAGAAACUGAAUGUAAAAAUGAAAGUUUCAAUGAACAAAAGUCUGUUGAAAAGUCAGACGAAACAAAAUCACCAAUACCUAAACUUACCAUCAAAACGCUAAGGCCUCCCGAAUCUGAAUGUAAAAUUGAAAAUGUUAGUAUAGAAAUUCCUUCAAUUGAAAAAUCAGAAGAAAAGAAAUCACCAAUACCUAAGCUAACAAUAAAAACCCUGAGGCAGCCUGAGUUGGUACAUAAAAAUGAAAAUGUCAGUGAAGAAACAUCAUCAAUAGAAAAAUCUGAGGAACAAAAAUCACCAAUCCCUAAAUUAACAAUAAAGACAUUAAGGUCGACAGAAUCUGAAGGUAAAAAUGAAAUGGUUAGUGAGGUAAUGUCAACUGAUAAAAAAUCUGAAGAAAUGAAAUCACCAAUACCCAAACUGACAAUAAAAACUAUGAGGCCACCAGAAUCAGAUAGUAAAACUGAAAAUGUCAGUGAACUAUGUUCUAUUGCAAAAUCUGAAGAAAUGAAAUCACCGAUACCCAAGUUAACAAUAAAAACCAUGAGGCCACCUGAAACAGACACCAAAAGUCAAAUUAAGCUACCAGAAAAAAUAAAUGAACUACAUAGAAAAUCAAGUAGCAGUGAAAUAUCAGAAUCUGAAUGUUCUGAGAAUGAUGAGAGUUCAAAUACAUCAGACCAGGCAUCAACGUCUGACCAUGGUCCUUCUGACGUUGUACCAAAAGUAACCAUUAAACUUGGAAAACCAGGCACUGUUGCAGAAGGACAAUUCUAUACUGAAAAAAAUAGUUCAAAAUCAACAGUAAAAACAAUACAAAGCUCAGAAUGUGAAGCUCCCCUAUCUCCAUCCAAAAUGCAAGUUUUUAUAAGUCAACCUGAUGAAAUGCAGUCAGAUAAAAUUCCAAAAUUAACUAUUAAAACUGUUACUAGUAGUAAGUUUGCAAGCCAACCACUGAGUCCAAAACUGACUAUAAAACCAAUAAGACCGCCUGACACUCAUCAAGAUAAUGUGAACAGUCAAGAUACUGAGACAAAUGCCUUAACCGAGGAUUCAAAAGAUAAUCUUCAUGUGCCUAAAAUAACGAUUAAAGCUAUACCUAAACCUGAUAGUGAUUUAAAUAGUAAAUCUAAGAAAUCACACCAUAUUGUACCUUUAGUUAAGCCGACUGACAGUAUAGAUAUAGAAGAAAAUGAUGAUAAUAAAGUUCCUGUAGUUUCCAAAUCAAAUAUUAAAUCAAUUGUAAAGCCUAAUGAUAGUGUUAUAGAAAGUAGCAAAGAUGAUAUACCUAAAAUCCCUAAAUUAAAUAUCAAACUUGUGAAAAACCCGGCUUUAAAUUCUUGUCAAGAAACAGUAUGUGAUGAUUUAAAAGUCGAGAAACAGGAAUCAAACAUUCCUGUUGUUAAGAAAAUCAACAUCAAGCCAAUUAUUAAGCCAUCAGAUGCAGAUACAACAAUGCAAACAAAGAAAGAAUCCCCCGAGAUAGCUGAUUCAAGAAAUGAAAAUGCUGAUAACAUUGUAGAAAGCACAAGAGCAGACAUAGACAAUACAGAGGAAAAUGUUCCUGUUGUAAGCAAAUUAAGACUCAAAUUGAAUAUUAAACCAGAGGAAACGAGUGGGCCCUCUUCACCAAAAAGUCCAAAUAUCACGAAAUUGAAUAUAAAACCCAUAAUUAAACCAGAUGAACUAAAAGAAAAAAAUGAUGAGCUAAGUGAAAGCCACGUUAAAAAUCCUCCCCUACUGUUAAAAAUUAACAUGAAAAUGGCCGAAUCACAUGUCGGUGAUCAGCUCAAUUUAAAUAAAAAUGACUAUGGUCACUGUAAUAAUAUUGACAAAGAUACUUCAACAAAAUUAAAACCUAUAUUUAAACAAAACACAGACUUCAAUCUGGAAAAUGUAAAUAAAGAAAUAGUACAUGAAAAAGAAUCGCCCAAAGUAAACUGUCACAGUCCUAAGGACUCAAUAUCAAAGGCGAACAAAUUAAGAAGCGAAAGUGAUACUGAAAACCCCGUUAGCAUAUCUGCUAUAGUGGAAGUAAAACAAAACUGUGAUUCUAAAUCUGACAUUAAUCCUCAUGUAGACCAGAGUGAAAAGGAUAAUAUUCAAGAAGACAUAAAGGCUACACAAAAUAAACAAGAUAAUGCAAGUUCUCUGGCAGUUAAUAGUGGAGUAUUGCCACAUACUAAGACAGUUCUACAGGAUUGCAGUGAAGAACCUGCUCAUGUAAUAAAUACAAGUAACACCAAUGAUCUUUUCUCAGAAUCUAUAGCAAAAUCAAAAGUUAAACAUUUAUCAAGUAAGCAAAAUUGCACAUUACUCAAAAAGCUACUUGAAAGUAAUACAGAUAGUACAAGUGAGGAUAAAAAUAUAACAAGAAUUUCUACUGAUAAGAAUCAAGAGGAAAAAAUGACACCAAAACAUUUCAAUUCAGUAGAUGAAAAGCUUAAUAUAAAACACCAAAGCAAUGUACAACUGAAUCAUGAUGACCUCGCUAAUGACAAAAAAGAUUUAGCUUGCAAUAGCUUAACUUUGAAGUCAAGUAUGCCUCCGGACAAAAAUAAGAGAGUCAAUGAGAAUUUGACAAAGCCAUUAGAGAUAAGUGUAUCUGAAAAACUUCUUCACAGUCCUGACCAAGACUCACCACGGAUAAUACUAAAAAUUAAUAAAGUUGACCUAACAUCUAAAACAUCCAAUGAUGAAACAAAUGUCCAUAACGCUUCGGAAAGUCCAGGAGAAAACAUGAAUGAAAAACAAGGUAAGAAUCUCACAAACAGAAGGAAGAAAGUUCAUGUAGAUACACCAAUGCCAGAUGGGAAAAGGCUAAGAAGUUCCCGAGUUGUAAACAGUGUUGAAAAGGGGCAAAUUUCAAAACAGAUUCUCAAUAAGAGGCCCUCAACUGACAAAAGUCCUCCUCAAAAGGAUUUAAAACUAUUAGACACCAAAAGAAUGAAGCUUGGUCAUUUGAUAUCAACUAAAACAAUAGCACCAAUCACUUCAAAGGACUCAUCUUUGUCGCCACCUACUAAAAUCGUUGAAGAAAAACAGGAUGUAAAAAUUUUAAACCACACAUUACUAAAUAACGAGAACUGUGCUAAAAAUGGAAGUUCGAAGUUGCAUAAUAUUUUGACAAAUUUACAAAAUAAACAGUUGCAUAAUUUGCCAUUUAAUGAUCUUACACAUAGAGAGAAUAAUGAAAGUCCUGAUUUGAAAUCUAGUACAUCAACUGGUAGCAUAGAGAUAGAGAUUGAAAGAACAUCUCCGAUAAGGCCAAAAAUUCAUGAGAUGAUUUUUCAAGAAAGUUCCGAAUCGCGUGAUUUUAAUAUUGCUGCUGAAGAAAUGUUAAAAGAUCCUUUGGCAGUGGACACAAACAUAAAGGAUACUCCUUCCUUUUUACUCGACAAUUCAGACAUUCCCAAGACUGUAGAUAUGACGCCGCAACCAAAGAAAAGAGGGAGGCCUAGAAAAAUUCCCCUUUCAGAAGGUGCCAAAACUGUUCAACUGCCGGUAAUGGCAUUAGAAGAAAGACCCCAAAGAUCAUUGCGAUUAUCAAGGGAGCGCCCUCCUUUAGUGGUGAAACCCCGAGGCAGGGGGAGAGGUAGAGGCAGAAGACUGACCACUGAACCCAAAGACCCUGAGUGCAGCGAGGACAAAAAGUUCCAGCCCGUUCAACUGGUUGAGCCGAAACAGGAGGAGGAAAUCGAUCCAACGAGCUCCCGGAUCAAACUGCCGCGCAUGACCGAAGCGCUCGACAAAAUGCCAUGCUCAACUCCAUUAUCGAGUAGAAGAAGAAAUUCUUCUUCGUCCGACCUGUUGGAGGAAUCGCAAGACUUCAAAGGCGAUAUGGAGACAGACACGAGUCUGCCGAAGAUGGAGAAUCCGUUUCUUAAGUCUCCGGAGAUGUUCGGCAGUGGCCGGAGCUUGCGCGGGCGCGGGAGCCGCGGGGGGCGUGGCCGACCCGCCAAGACGCCGCGCGGCCGCGGUAGAGGGCGGGGUGGCGGCAGAGGUGCUAUGUAUAUGAAGGAAACAAUGGGUAUAUACGGGCGGGUGUGUGGGCCCGCCACUACCACCGUGCAGUUGUUUGAAGAGGAGACUUGCAUGAUGGACGAUAAUGCUACACCUUCAAAACCUGCACACCUCCUCGAUGAAGAUUCACAGAGUUCUGUCAAAAGCUCCACCAACGAGAGCAGCAAAAUGAAGAAAUCCAAGUUUGCGGAUCUGUUUGACAGCAACAAAAUAUGGACUGCUGAUGAUGUAAAGGAGUACACAUGGCCGCUGGAGGACUCUGGAAAUGGGGAACAUCAGGUUAUGAUGAUACAAGAACAAGUGGCCAUGUUUCUUGGCAUAAAGAGCUUUAAAAGAAGAUAUCCAGAAUUGAAAAGAAGAACUAUCACAGGGGACGAGAGGAACUAUGUCCUACAGAAAGGACUGGUGACUGAAGCCCUAUGUGAUUUAGGUAUAACGGCAGUUGAUGCCAGUGAAGUAUUAGACAUAAUGUUAUCGGACUACCCACACAAGUAUGAGGAGUAUCGCUCCCAUCAGAGAAUCAAGCAGCUAAACGAACCGGAACCUGAAGAGAUAAAGGUCGAGGUUAAAGUUGAAAGAGUUGAGAUAAAACCAGAUGCGAAGCCAACCGAAAGCAAACCUGAGCCACCAAAGGUCGAUCCGGAGAAAUUGAGACUGGAAAUGGCGGCAGCGGCAGUCGCGUCCGCUUCAGAAUGGAACACGCGCAUGAACACGCUACGGCGCGGUGCGUGCGCGGACCUACAGUCGCUGACGGUGCUGCGGCGGCGCGCCCCGCCCCCCGCGCCCGUAGUGCGUGUGCGCCCGCCGGCCGGCUUCUACCCGCACGCUCUGUUGCCCGGCCAAUACCAGCACACGUACCGCCGAUACACGCCGCAGGAGCUCAGAUAUUUCCCGCUGAAUACUGUGACGGCGGCGCCGCCCCCGCCCCCCUCGCCCGUGGAGUCGAGCUCGGAGUCCGAACAGGAGUGGGGCUCGCAGUAUACCAGUAGUGACGACUCGGACACCGACACACAUAGGAACGCCAAGCGGAAAAAGUUGACAAAGACGAAACGCAUCAGCCAGGACGUUAAGGAGGAGGAGGUGGACUUGUGCCGCAAGUGCGGGCUGCGCCUCGAGGCCAACCGCAAGUACACGCACGAGCGGUUCCUAGUGUGCGCCACAUGCAACUGUAAACUGCACCCGGGCUGCGUGGACCUCCAGCCGGACACUAUCCGCAAGGCGCGCGAGUACGCGUGGCAGUGCGCGGAGUGUAAGACGUGCGGCGGGUGCGCGCGCCCCGCGGGCGAUAUACGCUGCGACCUGUGCGACCGCGCGUACCAUACGACGUGCCUGGGCCUGCAGACCCCGCCCAGUGGGCGGUGGCACUGCGUAGACUGUUCGGUUUGUAAAUCGUGCGGUGCGCGUUCGCCGGCUGGUCUAGGUGCGGACGACGCUGGCAUGAGCACACCCGGUGCUGGCACGAGCACACCCGGUGCUGGCACGAGCACGCCCGGCGCCGGCACGAGCACGCCCGGCGCUGGCACGACUACGCCCAUCGCUGGCACGAGCACAUCUGGCAACGAUGAGCCGCGCUGGCACCACCAAACCCGACGGGGCCCCGGCGGACACAAAGUGUACUCGCACUCGCUCUGUACGCCGUGCGCAAGGGCGUAUCGCAUCGGUCGCUACUGCCCCCUGUGCGACCGCUCCUUCAUCGGCCCGAAGGGGACAAUGCAACUCGUCAUUUGUAAACUCUGCGAUAGGCAACUACAUCAAGAAUGCGUUAGGCAGACGGUGUCGCAACUCAAGGUGUUGGACUACACUUGCGGCGAGUGCCGGCGCGGCGGGAUAACGUCGCGCGCCGCGGCCGUGCGUCUCGCGCCGCGCACCAUCGCGACUCUGUUCAUGGCGAAACGACGCUUCAACAAGUACGCGCACCGUCAGUACCUCCAGAGCCGGCAGCAGGCGGACGCGCAAGACGACGAUUGAUAGAAAAAUGUGUCGUGUCAGAACCCAGUGCAAGUGUAAUAGUGAAGCGCGGUCACAGCCACAAGUUGAGGGGGGGAACCUCACGAAUAUUAAAAAGCACAACGCCUGACUUACUUUAUGGUAAUGUGACCUUGGAGCGCGCAUGUGAAGUGUGACGCGGAAUGCUGCUGACUCUGUUAGGUACUGUUGCCGCAGUGUUAGACCCCAGUGCAGUGUUAGUGAGUGUUGCGAGUCCCGCCAGGGUUCCCCGUGUAUUAUAGUUGUUACGAGACUUUCGCUUCGAUUAAGGUAAACUGUUACAUAAAUCUGAUUAAUAUAACGAGUAGCUGUAAGGGUAUGUACGAGGGUAUACUAGAGUAUGCGUGGUGCGGUAGAAGCGAUGAGAACUGUGUGACGGACGCGCGGUCGGUAGGAGCGCCGAGUUAUAUAGCCGUAGUGAUCGAUUCGCUAACAGAACUGUACAGUAAUUUAAUACUAACUUCACUAUAUGGGUAGCUGGGCAAUCAUACUAUUUUUAAUAUUAAUCUUUUUUUAAAUUAACUGCGAGACAGAUCAUGUAUGCGACUCUAUGAUUAUUUAUGUUAAACGAUUAUAGAAUAAAAGAGAUUGAAUAUUAUGCUGUUGUUUUGUUGAGAGGAGUUUUUCAAUUUUUACUGAUCCGUAUUGUUAAUAAUUUGUGUGUGAAUCGUUUAGAGGGAAGUGUCUCAUUUGAGUAUACAUUGUUUCUUUACAAAUUAUUUCUUAAAUCUUAUAAAUAAAAUGUAUAUUAUAAAACCUGCCUUUUACUGCAUUUUUCGUUUUGAAGAAUCCGGUUAUCACUUUUUAUCAAAAGAAUCUAUAAAUGGAAGACAUAGCGCAUUUUGUUCUUUUUUUGAUAGACUUUAUUCAUAAGAAGUAUUGUUUUUAUAAGGUAUUUAUUUUAGUUAUAUGAUUAUAUGGAUACAACUGUAUACAAUGAUAUACCCGAUUAAAAACUUAAUACAAAAAAUGUAAUGUACUUUAAACUCAGUUAUCUUAAAUGAUUUUAUUUAACCACAAUAUAAAAAUCGUUAUCCCUAAUAAUUAUUACUUUAAGGAUGUUAGAUUUUAGUUUAAUUUUAUAUUUGAGUAAAAUCAAGCAACUCCUUCGAGUGACAAUUUGGUUAAACUUACUUAAGGCAGAGUGCUAGUUUGUAAUUUUGAGGUAUGGGGUAGCCAUAUAAAGUUAUUCUUUUCUUAUUAUCAUUAUUAGCUAGCACUAUGUUUUAUAUUUCAUAGUACAAAACAUAGACUUCUAUAACUUAUUUAUUUACUUAUCACCACAGAAAUAAAAACGCCUAUUUCACACAAAUUAUUUUAAUCAGAGUAUUUUUAUUUUAUAAUAAAAAUUAUUUAUGCACACGAAUUAGAAUUUAUUUCUGGGGUGAUUAAAACACUAACAGUUGGCAAUGGUCGUAAAUAUACGUACUGGUUAAGUGUUUACUAACUCGGGCCGUCUAAGAAAAGUGAGCGUGAAUUCAUGGAGACAGCUAAUCGUAACAUUAUCGAAUUUUAAAUAUAUGGAAACUGUCAAUAUUUUCCCACAAAUAAUUUUCGAUAACUUUACGAUAAUGUCUACAGGAACUCAUGCUCUCCCUGUAUACGUUUUGGCCCCAGCCCCGCGCAAUUUUCUGUACUUAUUCCCCGCGCAUGUCUUCUCACACCUCGUGUGCAAUUGUCCCCAAUAUAUUGUGUAUUAUAACUUGUAUUAGAGUAUAUCAGUAACAUCAAUAAGUAUAAUGUAGUUUAGUUUAUAAUUAUGCUUUCUUUAUUAUUAUUAAUCAUAAUUUACGUAGUGACAUUACAUUGUAAGAUUCAAAAAUGUCCGUUAUGAUUUCAUGAUAUCGAGUAUCUUUUUUAUGAUGUACGGUUCGGUGUACUUGAGACGCAACAAAUUGGUAUUGCUUUAUUGACACAGGUGAAAUAUUAAGACUUACUUAUAAGAGAAAUAAUUAUAACUUUAUGUCUACUUAAUGCAAGUGUAAACGUUCUAGAAAUCUCGCACUGUUCGGUCAAUUUUGUAAAAAAAUAAAGUAAAAUUAAUUUGA